UUACCUUAUCAGCUUAUGCAAAUGUAGAAGAUGUACUGGAGAGGGGGACUCGGUUACUGUCAUCGGGUAAAUUUGAAGAGGCUCUUACUUUGUAUAACGAAGCCGUAGGCAAAAGUCCUGAUAAUUAUAUGACACAUUACAAAAGGGGAACUGCAUACAUUGCAAUGGCAAAUUGCAGGAUGUCUCUCUCUGAUUUUAAUAGAGCUCUGGAGCUGAAUCCGGACUUCGUACCUGCACGGAAAUAUCGCGCAUAUGUGAAGCUCCGGAUGGGAAAACUACCAGAAGCUAUAGAAGAUUACGAAGCUGUGCUGGCUCACGAUGCUGAUGCAAGUGCGAAGAUAUCCGAAAUACAUGAGCUACAGGAACGGUGGUCGACUGCGCGUAGUCUCUUUGAGAAUAAAGAGUAUCGGGAAGCUCUUGCACUUCUGGAUAAAUUGAUAGAAUCUAUUGAUUUUGCUGAAGAGCUUCGUGAACUCCGAGCCAAAUGUUACUUAAGUUUGGGGGAUGUUCAAAGGGGCAUUCAAGAAAUGAGAUUUGGUGUUCACUUAACGAAUGAUAAUCGCGAAGGCUUGUUGAGAAUCAGUCGGAUAAUGUACGACGCUGGUUUUGCAGUUCAAGCUAUUAGUGAACUUCGGGAAUGCCUGAGACUAGAUCAAGAUGACAAGGCUUGCUUGAGUUUCUAUAAAAAAGUCAAUAAAGUUGCCAAGGCAUUAACAGCUACUCAAGAAGCUUUAGAGUCUGAAAGGUAUUCUGACUGCAUCAGGAUAGCCGCAGAAAUUGUCAAGCUCGAGUCUUCAAAUCGUGAGUACGAAAACCAAGCAAAUAUCAGUCUUUGCCACUGUCAUGCUAAGUCAAAAAGUGCUGAUGGAGUUCCUUAUUGUGAAUCUGUAGUACAACACUACCCUGAAAGUACAGAGUAUCAGCUUUAUCAGGCGGAAGCUUACUUAAAUGCUGACCGAUUUGAUGAUGCCAUUUCAACUUACCAAAAAAUACUGGAACAUGAAUCUAAUAACCAGAAGGCAAAAGAGGGUAUGAGAAAAGCCCAAAAACUCUUGAAAGCUAGCAAACGCCGCAAUUAUUACAAGAUACUUGGUGUUACAAAAUCAGCUUCGAAAAAGGAAAUCGAAAAAGCUUAUCGAAAACUAGCUGCCGAAUAUCACCCGGACAGAUUCCAGGGCGAAGAAAGGGUACAAGCGGAAAAGAGGUUCGUCGAAAUUUCUGCGGCUAAGGAGGUCCUCACAGAUAAUGAAAAACGGGCUCAAUUUGAUAGUGGAAUCGAUCCAUUAGAUCCUGAACAACAAGCACAAAAUCCUUUUGGCAAUCAUCCUUUCGGUGGUUUCCCAUUUGGCAAUAUGCAUCCAUUUGAAGGUGCACAUUUUGAAUUUCAUUUUGGAUAA